AAGUCCAUUCCCUCAGAAGCCCGCUUUCCUCCGCCUCCCGCUCCAUCCGCCGGGGAGGCCGAGCCGGCCGGCUUCGGAGUGGCGCGUCGGCCUGCUCCUCCUUCCCUCCUUCGCCCUCCUGACUCAGUGGCGGCAUGGAGGGCCUGGAGGAGACAGAGGCGGCGGCGUCGGGGGCCCCGACUAGGCCUGAGCCGGGCCUGAGGCUGCACUUGCCUCUCCCGCCUCCCUUGCCGCCUCCCCCGCUGCUCCUCUCCCGGCGCCGGGCCCCUCCGCACCGCCACUCGUCUUCCCCUCAGGGCCGGCCUCGCCGCCGGAGCCGCCACCUCCUCCUCAUGGACGGCGGCGGCGGGGGAGGCCCUCACCACCAUCUCUACCCCGAAGACGACCUGGAGGAUGACGAGGAGGACGACGACGAGGAGGACGGCGAGGACGACGAGGCCGACGGGGGAGGCCUGGCCAGCAGCGAGAGCGCAGAGAGCGGCGGCGGCGGCGGUGGAGGCUUCUCCUCCUCGUUGGAGCCUCGCAAGCGGGCCCGAGGCACGACUUCCUCGGCGGGCUCCUCGUCGUCGCUAGGCCCGGGCCGGUGCUGCUACGAGGUGGUCCGCGAGCUGGGCCCCGAGGAGGUGCGCUGGUUCUACCGCGAGGAGCGCAAGAGCUGGAAGCCCUUCAUCGGGUACGACUCGCUCCGCAUCGAGCGCGCCCACCGGGGCAUCCUCCUCCGGGAAGGGAGAGCCCAAGGAGAGGCCCACGAAGGGAGGCAAGAAGGAGAAGCAGAAGGAGAAGGAGGAGAAGGAGGAGCAGACACCGGGAAAGAAGCAGGAGGGGAGGCCCCCGAGCCCGUCUGCGUCCGAGGAGGGCUCUACGAGGUGGACGUCGCCAACGCAGAGUGCUACCCCGUCUACUGGAACCAAUCUGAAAAGAUUCCUGUGAUGCGUGGGCAGUGGUUUAUUGAUGGCACUUGGCAGCCCUUGGAGGAAGAGGAAAGCAAUCUGAUAGAACAGGAACAUCUGAGUUGUUUCAAGGGACAGCAGAUGCAAGAGAAUUUUGACAUGGACGUCUCAAAACCUUUAGACGGAAAAGAGGUUAUCUACCAUCUCCCUCCCUUCUCCCUCCAUUCUCUGUUCAAAUGGAGAGGAUAUAAAGAGAAUGCAGAGGCUGCAGGGCUUAAACGCAAACGGUCUGAAGCCAUUCAUAGUUUGAAGCUGAGUCGCAACCAUGUCGACUGGCACAGUGUGGAUGAAGUGUAUCUCUACAGUGAUGCAACAACUUCUAAAAUUGCAAGGACUGUCACACAGAAGCUGGGCUUUUCCAAAGCUUCAAGCAGUGGAACAAGGCUUCAUAGAGGCUACGUUGAAGAAGCCACGCUAGAAGACAAGCCAUCGCCAACAACUCACAUUGUGUUUGUUGUGCAUGGCAUCGGACAAAAAAUGGACCAAGGAAGGAUUAUCAAAAACACUGCCAUGAUGCGAGAUACUGCAAGGAAAAUAGAAGACAAAUAUUUUUCCAACCAUGCAACGCACGUUGAGUUCCUUCCAGUUGAAUGGAGAUCCAAACUUGCACUUGAUGGAGAUACUGUUGACUCUAUUACUCCAGAUAAAGUCCGUGGCUUAAGAGAUAUGCUUAACAGCAGCGCAAUGGACAUAAUGUAUUACACAAGCCCCCUCUACAGAGACGAGCUAGUAAAAGGGCUUCAACAGGAGCUGAACCGUUUGUAUAGCCUUUUCUGUUCUCGGAAUCCAGAGUUCACGGAAAAGGGAGGAAAAGUGUCCAUCGUGUCACAUUCCUUGGGGUGUGUCAUCACCUACGACAUCAUGACAGGGUGGAAUCCGGUCAGACUCUAUGAACAGUUGCUUGAGAAGGAAUAUGAUGACCUUGAGGAUACGUGGAUGAGCUACGAGGAGCAGCAUUUGCUGGAAGAGUUCUACUUAACCAAACAACGAUUGAAGGAAAUAGAAGAGAGAUUGCAUGGACUGAAGACCUCCACCAUAGCUAAGACGCCUGCCUUAAAAUUUAAGGUUGAAAACUUUUUCUGCAUGGGAUCUCCCUUAGCAGUGUUUUUGGCCUUGCGCGGCAUCCGCCCGGGGAACAGCGGAAGUCAAGAUCACAUUCUUCCUAGAACUAUUUGUAAUCGGUUGCUAAAUAUUUUUCAUCCAACGGACCCAGUGGCCUAUAGACUAGAACCUUUAAUUCUGAAGCAUUAUAGCAACAUUUCUCCUGUCCAGAUCCACUGGUACAACACCACGAACCCUCUACCUUACGAACACAUGAAGCCAAGUCUCCUCAACCCGGCAAAAGAUUCUACCUCAGCCCCGGAGAGUGAAGCUCUCCCGACGUUACCCAGCCCCACGACGUCCCCUGUCAUGGCACGGCGGCACUAUGGGGAGUCCAUUACAAACAUAGGCAAAGCAAGUAUAAUGGGUGCUGCCAGCAUUGGCAAAGGUCUCGGAGGGAUGCUCUUCUCGAGAUUUGGGCGCGCCACUGCUCCCACUGCGCAGGGACUGGAACCAGGCAAAGAAGGGACCGAAGUAGAGGAGAAGAAGUCCACCAUGAACCAAACAACGAUCGGGACGCAGACCUUCCCCCAUAGCAGCUCCGGCUUCCUGGACCCAACAUUGGAGCUAGAGCACAGGAUUGACUUUGAGCUCAGGGAAGGCCUGGUGGAGAGCCGGUACUGGUCUGCCGUCACCUCGCACACCGCUUACUGGUCUUCUAUGGACAUUGCCCUCUUCCUCCUCACCUUCAUGUACAAGCAGGAGCAAGAGGAGGAUGGCAUCAAGCCCCACUUAGACUCUGUUUGAUUUUAGCU